UCACAGGUUCUGAGAUCAAAAUCUUCAAGUUCAAACCAUUUCCUUAUAAUGCUACAGUCAAAAUGUUGUCCUCGGGUCCUGGAUAUCAAGCAACAUCUGUCAGCGCAUGCGCAACACUGUGCUCUAAGUACGUUCAAGACUGUUACAGUUUCACUUACAACCGGAAGUCAAAGCUCUGUACUCCAGGUUCUCGUCUGAUUUCGUCUGCUACACUGUUUAACUCAACACUUGGAAGACUGUACUAUGUACCUGGAAAGUACUGUGAUACUAGCAAAGUCAACUUCACUAUAGCAACCAAUGGUAGUGUCAGCACGUGCUUGUGGCUCUCAGACAUAUUGGCCACUUAUAAUGAUUCCUUAUACAAAUGUCAAGAUUUAGGCUCAAACCUCUUCACAAUUAAAGUACCUGAGAAACUUAACAUUUUGUUAAACGCUGUCAAAACUUUCAAUGUUGAAUAUUGGAUUGGUCUGAAUGACCGGGACCAAGAAGGAGUCUUUAGAUGGGUGGACGACGGCUCUGUCUGGACUAAAAGCUUUCCUUUAUUUGCUCCAUAUCAACCCGAUAAUAUGCUAGGAGAGGACUGCAUACAGUAUCAUCCCAUUUUUUAUCCCAUCAAUGAUUAUCUUUGCAGUCAUGAAUCAAGAUUUAUCUGUGAAAUGAAUUUAAUUGGCUGACGUUUGCACAUUUUUUUACGUAUAUAUGAGUCUGAGUUAGCUAUUGGCUAAAUUACGAUUUUACAGACACUAGUGUCCAGUCAAAAGAAUAUAAUGAAUGAAGUUAGUGGUGGCACGUAGAUGAAGUUUGAAUUUAUCAUUAAUUUACAAAAUUAUUUGUAUUAUGGUAUUUACUCUAAUGUAAAGGGUAUUUUUUAGUCCACCUUUUCAUUAGUUUUCUGCUUGUAGUUUCCUAUAGUUGAUAAGCUUAAGAAUAAUCCCAAGCUGUCCAAUCAACAAUAAAGUCGGACUGAGGCGGAAAUUCUACAACAGUACUUUAUUCUAAUGUGGAUUACAGGGAUUACUUAAACUUAAAGUAGAAUGUCAAUUACCCGGAUUUAUUAGGAACGGAGUCUGUCCGAAUAAUCCAUCGUCUGGAUAAACGAAUGCGGAUAACUGAUAUCUGGAUAAAC